AUUAGUCGCAAGCAUUACUUCGGUCUAAUCUGUUGCUCCAUUCACGUACUCAGCCGAUCCCGUUUUCGAGUGCUUUCCCGGUUCCACUGGUCGAUUUAUCGGUGUUCUCGUUUAACUUGGACUGGAAUCUUAACUGCGAUUUGGCCAAUUUUAUCCAACGCCGUUACAUAACGCACGCCACGCGUCAAGGCCAGCUGCGUUUCGCAUCGCUUUGCAUCCGCCGGUAACACGCAUGCGCUGACCAUCUAUUUUUGUUUAUAAACACCAGACCGUGGGAAGCGCGGCGCAAAAGCGCAUUUUCCACCCGCAGUUUUGUUUUAUUUAUUGGACGAUAGCUAUCACAACAGCUGAUAUGACAGUUCCGUUCUAAGUUGUCUGGUGUGAAAAUGUCGAAAAAGUUACCCGUCCGUAUGCUGAGCCAGCUUGCGCUGGCGGAAGUUGCCGGUUCGAUUGUGGCCGCCAUCGGAAACAUGUUACAGACGACGUACAAUUUUGGCGUGGAGCCGGAUUUUACCCUGCUGAUUGUGGAAAUCAACUCGUACCUGGAGAACAUGGGAGCUACCAGCGCCAUCUACGAAGAUCUGCUGCGGGUAAUUCUGUCGUCGGAUUCUUUGGAGGCGUCCGCUCGAUUCUGCUGUCUGCAGAUGCUGUUAAAUGAAAGUGUACACACGCUGGCGACGGAAAUAUUUCCAUUUUCCUACUAUGAGCGGAUUCUUCAUGUCAUCGCCGCCCAGGGUAGAGGACUUCGGCAGCUCAACAUGAAGGGUGUCUGGGUGAAGGAAGAUACCUUGUGCUAUAUGUACGAAAUAAUCAAACAUCUACCGCAUCUGACCAAGUUGACGAUUCCGCACAUAGCGAACGACAAUCUGCUGAAGCACAUCGGAGAUUAUUCCAAGAACCUUCGACAUUUGGAUGUUAGCGGAGACACGGAUAUUACGGAGAUUGGGCUGGAGUACCUUUGCUAUGGCGAGUCAAAGAAUAGCUUUACUAUUUUGGAUAUUGGUUCGUUGGGAGAGGAGAACAUUUGUCACACGGAUAUAGCGUUAGUCCUGAUGAACCUUCCGAAUCUCGUAAGCCUAGCCAGUUACUCAUUCGUUGGCCAAAGUCUGAUGUACAUUCUAGAGCAGAAAAAUGCAGCUUUCAAGUGCAAACUAGCGUAUAUUCAUGAUACGAAAACUAAACCGAAGCAAUUAGACGCAAUCGUCAGUACGUGUCCCAACCUGAUGGAUCUGUAUCUGGACUGUCCUGAAUCAGGUAUCCUACCGAAACUAACUGAAGUCCUCCUGCGACGACUCAAACUGUACAAAUUUAGCUGUUCAGAGCUGUUCACCUUGCUGGAAGCGAUCGGCAACUCCGUGCGUCACCUAACUGUGAUAAAAGGUCGUGGCACACUGGAAAUCCAUCGACUAGUUCGCUGCUGCCCGAACCUGCUCGAUCUGGACUUCUACAUGAUGGACUCGUUGACCUUCUCGGGAGAUCGCGGUUUCCACGAUCUGCAAGGUCUCGAAAUGCUCAGUAGUCCAAUUUCGCAACCGGGCCUGCGAAGUUUGCUUAGCUUGCUGACCACGUUGAAACGGCUAGCGAUCGACGCUGUCACCUUCGAUGACGAUGACUUCUGCUCGCUGGUGAUCGAAAAGGACUUCUACCGGCUGGAGGACAUCUGGUUCACUACGGCACCGCACAUGUCGAUGGCCAGCGUCGAGAUGUUGAUGGAUCGCUGUCCGGAGCUACAGAGCCUUGGUCAGCUGAGUGGCUGGUCACUAACACCGGAUGACGUUUCGUUGCUUCGCGGUAUACUGAAGAGCUGUAACUCGGCAUUGGUACUGUCGCCUAGUACUAUUUUUCCGUAGCGUGCUCGCCGUGUCAUCAUCUCAUACUUUCAUUAUGAAUUGUGAUUUCGAGAUAGCGGGAUCCGGAGUUGGGUUCCCGGUAGUUCGAAAAAUUUAUCUCGCAUUGGUUUUUGUGUUGUUUAAAUGUUACGCCAUUGGCUAAUGAGGUCUUUCUCGACUACUGGUUCCCUUCUUUCAGAUGGUACAGUCACUGUGAGGUCAUAGCGAGUGACACGAAUCCGUCCAUGGGAAGGUGAACAAUGUAAACUAUGAAAAUAUAUUAUUUGUCCGAAAGGUGA